AUCGAUACUCCUUACGAAGAACAGAGCGAAAAAGUUGUGAAGAAGAUGAAGCUAACAUGGAACAAGAACCCUAAGAAACGCUCUCGCGUAGCUUUACCAAACAUCCUCGAUGAUGUUCCUUCAGAGAACGAAGCUCCAGAGACCAAAUCUCAGCGCCAAGAUGAGUUAGAGAUCGGAGAGACUCACUCUGAAAAUCAUGAAAGACCCGAUCUCGAAGGGAAGAAGCUCGCAGAUUCGUUUAGAUCACAAGGAGACAAGCUCGCUGAGGAAGGAAGAUACGAGGAGGCUCUUGGGAAAUGGGAAGCUGCUCUUAAUCUUGUUCCUGAAAACGUUGUCCUUCAUGAACAAAAAGCACAAGUCUUUCUUGAGAUUGGUGAUCCAUGGAAAGCACUCAAGUCUGCUACACGAGCUACUGAGAUAGAUCCAUCGUGGGAAGAGGCGUGGACUACUCUUGGAAGAGCACAACUCAAUUUCGGAGAGCCUGACAGUGCUAUCAGGAGUUUUGAAACCGCAUUAUCGAUCAAUGCGGAAUCAAGAGAGGCCAAAGAGGAUUUACAAGCUGCAAAACAACUAAUAAAGAAGAGAGAACAGCUUCAGACAUCAGGACAGGACACUGACGCUAAGCGUUUUGUGGUUGGCGACAAGAAAAUAGAGCCAAACUAAUGAACUAGAGAACUUGUACUUUAGGUAUAGAGUAGCCAAACUUCGUAGUAGCCCGUACAUUGUAAUAAGAACAACGAAUAGAAGAUUGUUCUUCAUCAAAGGCAAAGACUUAAAAGCCAAGAAACUUUUGAAUUUUUCGAAUUUAAGUCAUUUUGAAGGUCCUCCUGAGAAACCACAUUCUUUGGCACCAAGCUCAUAAACACACACAGAGUCUCUCCCACAUCUUUUCUGCCUUAGCCACCACAGCUGCUUGCUUAAUCACCGGGUUUAUGUACACAUGUUCUCUCCUCUGCAUAAUGAUCACAUCCUUGACUUCUAAGCAGAAGAGAUUGUAAUCAA